CCAGUCUUUUUGGUUUUUCAUCCUAGCACGGAGGUGCGGACGGAACCGAUUCCGCGUGUGUUGCCGGGAGUGUGUGAAAAUUUUACAUCCAAAAUCAAACUCCUCUAGUGGGGACGGAUAGUGACCGCGCGCGUUGGAAAUCCGAGUCGUCAUCGAAUCGCGGUCCGCUCGUGUAUUCUGCAUAUGCGAGUGUUUACCGCCGCGCGUGCUGUGUACCGAGGCCAUUAUUGUUACAAAAAGAGUGAGAAGCCCUGAAUUUCGCGGACCGAAAGGAUUGACAGUGAUAGGCACGAGGCCCCACAGCCAAUCAACCACCCAAGAUGGAUAACGCUAAAAUUUGCGAAUUGCUACGUGCCACCAUCGAGCCCAGCCAGCGGCUGCAGGCGGAGGAACAACUGAACCAGGUCCACAAAAUCAUCGGUUUCCUGCCGAGUCUUCUGCAGGUGGUCAUGCAGAACGACGUAGACAGUCCUGUCCGCCAGGCUGGGGCAAUCUACCUGAAAAAUCUGGUGACCAGCAGCUGGCAUGAACGUGAGGCGGAACCCGGCGUGCCGCUUCCCUUCUCGAUCCACGAACAGGAUCGUGCCAUGAUCCGAGACACGAUCGUCGAGGCAAUCGUUCACGCUCCGGACAUAAUCCGCGUACAGCUCUGUGUCUGUAUCAACAACAUCAUCAAAAAUGAUUUCCCCGGCCGAUGGACCCAGGUAGUGGAUAAAAUUAGCAUCUACCUACAGAAUCGGGACGUCAACGGAUGGAACGGAGCCCUGCUGUGCAUGUACCAGCUGGUUAAGAAUUACGAGUACAAAAAAUCAGCUGAGCGGGCUCCGUUGACUGAGGCGAUGAACCUUCUGCUCCCACAGAUGUACAACCUGAUGAUGAACCUCAUCAACGAUCCGUCCGAGCAGAGCGUUCUCAUGCAGAAGCUCAUCCUGAAGAUUUUCUACGCCCUCACGCAAUACGCUUUGCCGCUGGAAGUCAUUACCAAGGAGAUUUUCUCCAACUGGAUGGAAAUCUGCCGUCAAAUCUUGGAUCGGCCUGCUCCCGAUUCGUCUCACAUCGACGAAGAAGAACGACCGGAAAUGCCCUGGUGGAAGGUGAAAAAGUGGGCUGCCCACAUCGUUCUCCGGAUGUUCGAACGCUACGGCAGCCCGGGCAAUGUCGUUUCCAAGGAGUACAACGAAUUCGCCGAAUGGUUCCUGCAAACCUUCACCAACGGUUUGCUCAACGUGUUGCUGAAAAUCCUCGACCAGUAUCGUAAUAAAAUCUACGUUUCCCCCAGGGUAAUGACCGAUACGCUGAACUACAUCAAGCAUGCCGUAUCCCAUGCUCACUCGUGGAAGAUGCUGAAACCUCACUUCAUCGCCAUCAUCCAGGAUGUCAUCUUCCCGUUGAUGUCCUAUUCGGAAGCCGACGAGGAACUGUGGGAAGCCGAUCCGAUCGAAUACAUCCGGCAGAAGUUUGACGUCUUUGACGAUUACACUACGCCAGUUCCGGCCGCUGAAACUCUGCUGCACAAUUGCUGCAAAACGCGGAAAGGAGUUCUUCCACAAGUCAUGCAGAUCAUCAUGCAAAUCAUCAACGCGCCAAAUCUGAACGCAAAGCAGAAGGACGGUGCUCUGCAUAUGGUCGGUUCCCUGGCCGAUGUGCUUCUGAAGAAGAAGGUCUUCAAGGACCAGGUGGAGAACCUGAUCAUGCAGUAUGUAUUUCCGGAAUUCGCAAGCCCACACGGUCAUCUUCGCGCUCGCGCCUGUUGGGUGCUGCACUAUUUCAGCGAAAUUAAGUUGAAAAACCAACAGGUCCUGGCGGAAAUCAUGCGACUAACUUCGCACGCUCUGCUGAACGACAAGGAGCUUCCAGUGAAGGUGGAAGCCGCGGUUGCCUUACAAAUGUUCCUCAUCUCGCAGGAGAAUGCAUCCAAAUACCUAGAAAGUCAGAUCAAGGAAAUCACCCUGGAACUGCUGAAAAUCAUCCGUGAAACCGAAAACGAAGAUCUGACGAAUGUCCUGCAGAAGAUCGUGUGUAUCUAUUCCGACCAGCUGCUUCCGAUUGCCGUCGACAUCUGUCAGCAUUUGGCCACCACCUUCAGCCAAGUUUUGGAGGCCGAUGAAAAUUCCGACGAACGGGCUAUCACGGCGAUGGGACUACUGAACACGAUGGAAACCCUGCUCAGUGUGAUGGAAGAGCACCCGCAAGUGAUGCUCACGCUGCAUCCGAUUGUCCUGCAGGUGGUUGGCCACGUGUUGCAGCAAAACGUGAACGAGUUCUACGAGGAGGCUUUCUCGCUGGUGUACGAUUUGACCUCGAAGUCGAUUUCGCCCGAUAUGUGGAAGUUGCUUGAGAUUAUCUAUCAGCUGUUCCAAAAGGAUGGAAUUGACUACUUCGUCGAUAUGAUGCCAGCGCUCCACAACUACAUAACUGUCGAUACGCCAGCAUUUUUGUCCAACCAGAACCACGUCCUGGCCAUGUUCAAUAUGUGCAAAACGAUAAUGACCGGUAACACCACAGAAGAGGCAGAGUGCAGUGCAGCCAAACUGCUGGAAGUGAUUAUCCUUCAGUGCAAGGGCCAAAUCGACGAGUGUAUUCCAAGCUUCGUGGAAUUGGCGCUCACCCGGCUAACACGCGAGGUCAAAACAUCCGAACUCCGGACGAUGUGCCUACAGGUCGUCAUAGCCGGACUCUAUUACAACCCGCAGCUCCUUCUUCAGGUUCUGGAAAAGAUCCCCCUUCCCGCCAGUAACGAAUCGAUAGCGUCGCAUUUCAUCAAACAGUGGAUACACGAUUCCGAUUGUUUCCUCGGAAUUCACGAUCGAAAACUGUGCGUCAUCGGUCUGUGCACGCUGAUGACCCUCGGAGAAGGCAAACCCCAGGUGCUGAGUGAGCUGGGCGACAAAAUCAUUCCCACGCUGAUACUGAUAUUUGAUGGGCUGAAGCGUGCGUACGCGGCCCGUGCCGCCGAAGGUGAGGAAGAGGAAAGCGAAGAUGAGGAUGACGAUCUGGAGGAUGGCAUUUCUAGUGACGAGGAUGAAGUUGACGAAAUGGGACCGUCGUACUUUGAGCGUAUUGCCAAGAUGGCCCAGGACAAGGCAGCCGAACAGGGCUUCGAGCUGACUGCGACGAUCAAGGAUGGAGUCGAUUCGGAUGAUGAAGAUGAUGAUGACGAUGACGAUGAUUCCGGCGACGAGAUGGACGAAACCGCUCUUGAAGGAUUCACCACCCCACUGGAUGACGAAGACAAUCCAGCCUAUGUGGACGAAUACAUGGUUUUCCAGGAAGUGAUGACCAAUCUACCAAACGUAGAUCCAAACUGGUAUAACAUGCUUACCAGGAACCUGAAGCCCGAGGACGCUAAAUCCCUGCAGGAGAUCCUCGUGUUGGCAGAACAGAAGAAAGCAGCUAAACGUUCCAAGGAUAUUGAAAAUAGUGGAGGAUACCAAUUCACGCAACAUCAGAUUCCAAGUUCGUUCAACUUUAGUGGCCAACAGUAGACAAAAACGAAACAAAUCGCAACCCACAGAACAAUCGUGUGAGUGCGGGGAUAGAGAACGAAUAUUUUAACGAAAAGAAAUGGCAAAACAUGAAAA